AUGGCCGGUGCGGUUCCUGUAUAUUGUAUCUGCCGGCAGCCGUACGAUGUCAGCCGGUUUAUGAUCGAAUGUGAUAUCUGUAAGGAUUGGUUUCACGGCAGCUGUGUAAAAGUAGAAGAACAUUAUGCCUUUGACAUUGAUCUGUACCAUUGUCCAAACUGUGCAGUUUUACAUGGACCCUCCCUAAUGAAACAGCAUAGAAAUUGGCACAGGCAUGACUACACCGAACCAGAUGAUGGCACAAAGCCUGUUCAAGCUGGGACAGAAACUUUCAUUAAGCAGUUGCGAGGUCGUUCCUUUCCUAGUGCUGAUGAAGUCGUACUUAAAAUGCAAGGCUGCCAGCUGACUCAGAAGUACUUGGAGAAGAAUGGGUUUGAUGCUCCUAUAAUGGUUCCAAAGUUAGAUGGGCUUGGACUUGUACUGCCACCGUCUGAAUUCUCUGUCAGGGAUGUCGAGAGCUAUGUAGGUGGUGAAAAAAUCAUUGACGUUAUUGAUGUGGCACGGCAGGCAGAUAGCAAAAUGAAACUGUGUGACUUUGUAGAGUACUUCAGAAAUCCUGAUCGGCCAAAAGUAUUAAACGUCAUCAGUUUGGAGUUUUCAGAUACAAAGAUGUCAAAACUGGUCCGUGUUCCAGACAUUGCUAAACAUCUUUCAUGGGUGGAGAACUACUGGCCUGAUGACUCUGUCUUCCCUAAACCAUUUGUUCAGAAGUACUGUUUGAUGGGUGUGAAAGACAGUUAUACCGACUUCCACAUAGACUUUGGGGGCACUUCUGUUUGGUAUCAUGUACUGUGGGGUGAAAAGGUUUUUUACUUAAUCAAACCAUCAUAUGAAAACUUGGCUUUGUAUGAGUCUUGGAGUUCUUCGGUGAAUCAAAGCGAAGUGUUCUUUGGAGACCUGGUAAAGAAAUGCUACAAAUGUGUAGUACGGCCGGGCAACACUCUCUUCAUUCCUACUGGGUGGAUUCAUGGUGUCCUUACUUCACAGGAUUGUAUGGCUUUUGGAGGAAACUUUUUGCACAACUUAAACAUUGGAAUGCAACUCAGGUGUUAUGAAAUGGAGAAACGUCUGAAGACACCAGAUCUUUUCAAGUUCCCUUACUUUGAAGCUAUUUGUUGGUUUGUGGCCAAAAGCCUGCUGGAAACAUUAAAAGAAUUGCGUGAAGAUUGCUGCACACCUCCUUUGUACUUAGUGCUAGGAGUGAAGGCUUUAAUUGAUGCUUUGAAAUGCUGGAUGAAGAAAGAGGUUGUAUCAGAGCAUGCCUUUGAAAUACCAGAUAAUAUUAGACCUGGCCAUCUCAUCAAAGAACUUACAAAAGAGGUUCGCUAUGUGGAGCUAGAGCUGAUAGAAACUCUAGGAGUUUAUUUACAGUAUAAUGUAGUAGCUGUGGAGAGAGAGCUUGUGGAACGAGAGAUUGAGGAGGACUUGUGUGAAUCUCGGCUAAGUGAGAAGUUUAACAAAGAUUUGCAGCCAUCUUCUACAGUGCCUGAAUGGAAAAGCAGGAACAACCAUCUUCGUUUGCUGCUUUCUAAUGGUCGAAUAAUCCGUAGUGAUGAAACAAGGACAUUGGCAGACCGAAGUCUGUUCACUGUUGACAGUGAGGAUGAGGAUGACAGAGCCAGAACACGAAAGAUGAAGGAUGUCAAGGAAGAGCAAGAAAGCUCAGAAUCUGAGUCAGAGGAUACAAUAGAAAUUCAGAAGCCAUUAAACUUGUUUUUUGAAAGUGUGAAAUCAGAACUCAGGAAUGGCACCUCAGAGUAUUCAGAUAUUUCAGACUCUGAUGAUUGCACUAAACAGAAAAGAGAAUUUUCUGAAGAAGAUUCUGAGAGCACAGACGAAGAAAGGGAGGCAACAUCCGACUCGCAAGAAAAAGGAGCAGGGGCACUAAUGGAUUUGUAUCGAGCUAGUCAGAAACUCUUCAAAGCUGAAAGCCCAAGUGACAGUGACCGUCCUACCUCACCAAGCACUGAAGAAGCUAUCCAGGGCAUGCUGUCAAUGGCAAGUUUGCACUGUUCCACGAGUAUACCUAAUCAGAAGCAAAGUACAAACAGAAUGCACUUCCCUUGGCAACUUGAGGAUCUGCCAUGUACUCAAGAGAGAGCGAGAUCCAGAUCUCCUGAAAUUGAGUGUCACACUGAAAGGGAAAUAGUGGAUGAAGAACAGGAGCAAAGCAUCUCUUCGUGGAUUCGAUUCCAGAAUGAUUUAACACCUCAGGUGGGAGUUCAUUUUUCUGUCAUCUCAUCAGUGAAAGUUCAGAAACACAUUGAAAAGUAUGAAUCCUCUAAUUUGAGUGCCAGUGUUCUGGAGGGUACAGCUGUGGAGCAAGGUAGCAACAGGGAUAGUGGGAACUGGAGUGGUUCAGACUGCCACAGCAACAAGUACUGCUUUGAAUCAAGCACAGUUCAAGUUUGCCAGUUGAGUGAUGGCAGCCUUAGUCCAGAGCAGUCCUACAUCGAUACUUCACUGUCUCCGCCACUACAUCCAACCAAGAGACCUGCAUCCAAUCCUCCACCAGUCAGCAACCAGGCAACCAAGGGUAAGCGUCCAAAGAAGGGCAUGGCAACAGCUAAGCAACGUCUUGGGAAAAUCUUGAAGUUAAACCGACACAGACAUGCACGCUUCUUUGUGUAACAGUCCUUUUACAUCUGUUGAAACCAGUAUUGAAACAACACAGCCUGGAGCUGCUGUUUUUGUUUUUUUUUUCAUCUCUUAAGACUUGCACAUACUCUAUGAAGCACUGCCUGAGGAACAAACCCCCAACGUACAUUUUCACUGUGCAACAUGGGCUGAGCAAUAAAGCACCUGGUAGCAGAGUAGCUGUGAGGAGACAUCAGUUUCCAUGUUUGAUUUAAUGAUAAGGUAGUAUUUAAGCUAUCAGAGGAUUACAAUCUUCGGUAAUUUAUUGAGUGAAUUUUUUUCAGUUCAGUGGCAUUGAUUUUUAAUUAUUUAUUUGAAAUGUAAUUAUUUUUUCUGGGUUUUGUAAGUUUGAUUGACAAAUGUGAAGUCUUUAUCCCCCAUGGGAAAUUUUGUAGCAGUGGAGAGCUGCUUUUGAGGGUCACCGGUCUGGGUGUUUGACUUCACACAGGCAUUAAUUAGUCUUAACUGAGAUUUUAAUAUAUAUUAAAAUUGCAGAGCAGUGAAGGUUCAUAAAUACCACUAAAUAUAAAUUUUUUGUAAGUGCGUUUCUUAAUUACAUUUUUAUCUUUAAACUGGUUAGCAGUCAUGUGAGCCUUCUCAUACCAGCCUGUCUGCCUGCACCUUUAUUAUUUGUUCUCUCAUAAUUCAGUAACGCCCUUUCAUUCCAUGGUAUUGUAGUGAAUGCCAAUAUAUUUGAAUUGUAAAUAA